AACCGCUGCUCAAACCAAAUGCGCCGCUCCCUUCUGAACGCGCAAAAUUUCGAACACAAUUUUUUUUGUACCAGUGCGCUCACUUUUCGCCUCACAUGGCCGACGCCUCUCUCACGUCCGCUCUGAACCUGUCUCUGAGACACGGGUCCCUCGAUCACUUCUUCGAGCAGAUCGACGUGCUGCGUCGAGAACAAACAGAACUCGUCACCAAGUUGAUCCACCAAAAAGAGUCGCACCAGCGUGACAAACACGCCCUAGAACUGGCCACCCUCGACAAAAAACGACUGAAACACCAACUCGUUCUCAUAAGCGCUCGCUACUGGAACCUCAAAAAAGAAGAAUCCACCGUGUCGCAAGAUGCGCUUCGUCUGGAAAACUCGCUUCUGGACUGUCUCUCGGAAACGGAGAACCUCCGAGCAAGAAGGGCCCGAAUUCAGCGCAUUUCUGCCAAGCUGAGAGUGCUGCUCGACGAGCACAAAAAGAGGAUGCAGCCUAUCUACACCAAGCUCUUGUCCAGCGUUCUCAAUUCUCCUGUCGUAUCUGAGAUCAACUUCGUCAAAACGGAGGCGCUUAAACUGGCCGAAAGAGUCGCUGAUUUAGAAUCGCUGCUGAAGGAUAACGUGGAGUGUCAGGAACUCGAAAGAGAGAUCAAGGAACUAGAAACGGAGAACAGGCGCCUGGAGUGUGCCGACGCCAACGAGGCUCUAAAGCUCGAAGCUAUGAAGGAAGACAUCUCUAGUCUGAAGUGCGACCAGAAGACCGACUACUUGGAAAUCCACAAGGCGCUUGAGGCUCAAAUAACGUUGAACCGCGAAAUGGAGGCCAAAGUGUCCUCAUUAGAGCGCCGCUGCUUCGGCAAGAAGAGCAGAUGAGUUGGCGGCCACGAGCACGACUAAUUCCCUCAAAACGGAUCCUGUAGCGCACGCUCAGCGCCUGGCCUCCGCUUUUCGCCCACGGCGCUUCUCGGUCUGGGUGCGCAAAUAGUUUUCUCACUUUUCCUCUACAGAAGUCGUAGAGAGAGACAAGUGCGUGUGUAGAGAUGGGGCUAUCCAUACAAAAGGGGGUUUGUGUGUAUGGCACAUGUUUGGGCACCUUAUUUUCCAGAUUGAGAAUUUUUUUUCUCAUUAUCCUGGUUUUAAGCAAUUCAAGCAGUUCAUCGCGCAAGCCGACAUCGGACACAGGAUGGUAACUAGUGCGACAAUUCGCGGCUACUUUUUUUUUCAUCCGAUUUUUCUGCCGUAUUAAAGUUUUGUCUUGCUUCUCACAGCACAACAGGCCGAGGAUCAAAGCGCCCGCUGAUAAGGUCGCCGAGAAGAACCGCAUCGACAAGUCAAGGGCUCUCCACUACCGCAGUCUCAUAGAGGAAGUAUACCAUCUUGUACGCAAUUUGGUUGUUUUUUCAGUGUGCUUCGAACAGGUUGCCAACCUCUCUCUAACAGAGAAAGAGUCAAGAAUGCACGGACAGGGCGCUUGACCUGUCCAAUCAGAUUUUGACACUCAAUUCUGAUUGCUAUACGGUCUGGAAUUUUCGGCGCGAAAUUCUGACGCGCAUGAAAGAUACGGAGGCGAUUCAGAGCGUCAUAAAGGAGGAGCUGUCGAGAUUGUAUCGGCUGAUGGUGAGAUGGCCCAAGAGUUAUUGGGCGUGGCAUCACAGAAGGUGGGUUGUCGAGAACUUUCCAGGGGAGUAUUCAGGAGAGUUAGACGUCUGCAUGUCCUUGCACCGUUUAGAUGGUCGAAAUUGUACGUUUUUUUUUUUCUCUCUGAAAGAUUUUUUGACGCGCGUUCGAAGUUCAUUGUUGGAAUUAUCGUCGCUUUAUUGUUGAGAAGCUGAAGUGUCCGCCCGGCUCUGAAAUGAGCAUUUCCAAGGCGCUCAUCGACGAUAACUUUUCCAACUAUUCUGCUUGGCAUCACAGGAGCCUUUUUUUGUUCGGCGCGGGGGAUCCGGAGGCAGUCAAAAAGCUGGUAGACCAUGAGCUCGAUCUUCUCAAGUCGGCGUUUUACACCGAUCCGGAUGACCAGAGUGCGUGGACUUACUUGCGCUGGCUGCUUUCGACGUUGAGGAAGAAGGCGCCGGAAUAUGCAGAGGAAAUUUUUUUGGACCAGAUCGAAACCUGUCAAGAAAUUUUGGAACUCCAGUCGGACUGCAAAUGGCCCUUGUUGCUCAAAGCGCUUCUUGCGUUCGAGUUAGGGAGGCCGCUCGCGGAAUUCGUCGAGUGCGUUGAAUUGCUGCGAACGGUGGAUGUAAAAAGACAGGGCAUGUACGCGUACAUUUUGGAAGAGCUCAAAAGUCGACGUGCAAGGCCGAGUUUGGAGCACAUGCUCGCGACGGUGGCGCCCUGAAAAAAAAAACAAUAAAUUUCCGGGAGAGAGAGCAGUGCAA